AUGGAAGGAACAGGAGCAUUUGUGUCUGCGAGAGUCAAUCCCCAGGAGAGUAACUUUCAACCGCACACCCCAUCCUCGGUAAGUAAAGAGAGCAACAGUCCAUUUCUCAGUCAUCUCACCACACCAAGCCGCAGCUACCAACAAGAACAACAACAAUUACAAUUACAACAAAUGCAUAUGGAAGAUAAAGCUGCAGUUCCAGCUGCUGCCAGUGAUGUGGAGCCGAAGGAAAGUUCAUCAUCAGGUACAUGUAAGAACGGCUCAACGUGGAUGAGUAGUAAUGAAACGGGAGCGGCACCUAAAUCUACACUAAAUCCAGAAGCGAAGGAGUUUCAACUUCCAUUCAACAGAUCAAGUGAGUCGUUUAUACCUUUACCAACAUCAGCUACAACAACAACAACAGCCACUUCUACAAUAAUGCCUACUGCGUCUCUGUUUUAUCCUAACAAUGGUGUUUCUUCGUCGAUGCCACUAUUUGCUGUACCAUCUAUCUCUAUGGGAUGGAUGGCGAAUACGGGAGUUCCAAUGGAUCCAGUGUUUACAUCUUCUAUGAGAAGUGGAGAUGCAUCCAAGUGGCCACCAAUAUCGUCACUUACACAUGUUUCACUUUCACAAGGUGUAGGAAUGAAUACUAUGGAUGAUACGACUAUUGCUACUCCUUCUAGUGUAGCUCCUUCUCUUACUACUCCUACAACGGUUGGGGUUGGGAGUAAUACGAACAUCCCUCUUCCGCUUCCUCCAAUGACUCCACGUUCACUUUCAAGACGUAUAAUGGAGGAUUAUAAUACAGAAUGUAAAAGUAAUGGAUUUCAUAUGGUGGCUGUUUUUAAUUUGGAACCACGUACAACACAGGAAGAGUUACUGAAUAUAUUUUUUCCAAUGGGUGCUAGAAAAGCGGAAAUGCUUCCACCACAUCGAUCUCUACGGCCAAAUCGUCGAGCAGGUGUUGUGUUUUUCUCAUCUAAGGAUUUUGCUGCAGUAGCGGUAGAGAAAUUUAAUGAUUUUGUUCCCAACCGACAACAUCAACCUCUCACUGUGCGGUAUUGUGGACCGGAUGUAUCAGAGGCGUCCACACGGGAAACUUCACUACAGUCUGUAACCUCACCUUAUUCUUUUUCAUCAUCAUAUCGUCAGCAACAACCACAACCACAACAAUCACAAUCACAAUCCGUUGCGAGAGCAGUUUCUGCAUCUCCUGUACAGUCUUGGCGUUUGACAGAUGGAGCACAAUUGAAUCGAGUUCAUGCCGAUAUGUGGAGAUUUUUAAGUAAUGGUUUCUCUCUCUUGCCAACCACUUUAAAGCAUGUUGUGGCAAUCCAUGGACUUGACCCUGAAAAUGCAGAGAGUGUUCUAACGAUGAAUUUUAUGAAUCAAGGUGCUGAACGGUAUGAGAUGUGGCCAGUGAAAAAUAUUGGAUUUAUCACAACACCGAUAACAUGCGGCAGUGUGAGUGCUCUUGUCUGGUAUUCACAAGAAGCAAAGGCACGAGAAGCGGAAGCGAAUUUUCGACUCAGGACACCAGUCGGUCAAACACAACCAAUUGAUGUAGUCUAUCUUAAUGCCCUUUAUACUACCAAUGGAAGUUCAACAGGUGUUAUUGGUGAUAUCAAUACUAUUGGUACUCAAGCUUAUAGUGGGUUGUAUGGUGUCAAUAACAAUAACAAUAACGUCACUGCUGUUCCCGUAACUAAUGUAACGACUACUGUUUUUCCUGCUCCUUCUGCUACUACUACUACCACUACUACCACUACUACUACCACUGCCAGUAAUACUAUUACGACUAAUAAUAAUAGUAGUGGUGUUUCUGAUCCAUGGAUGGCAACACUUGAAAAUAUUGAUGCUUAUUUUCUUCGUGAAUAUGAUGAUCCUAAACUUUUUCUCGUUGGUGUUCAUAAUUUAUCUCCGAGUACGAGCAAAAAACCACUUUUCCGACUCUUUUCUCCACAUGGAGCUCUUGAUGUGAGUAUUUAUCCGGAUCUUGUGAAUUGUGCUGGGGAUGUUCGUCGUAGUGGUGUGGUAUUUUUUGAUACGGAAGUGGCUGCACGCAAAGCCGCUGAAAAACUGGAUAAUUUCGUUGUUUCCAAACAACCCUAUCCCAUCAUUGCACGUUAUUUGGUGAAACCCUCUUUUACAGAAACUUCUGCUGGGGCUACAGUGACAUCAUCCUUGACAGGUCAAACAGUGUUUAAUGUGUUGGGAGGAGAUGCUAAGAGGAAUCCAUUGUUAUUGGCAGUGGCAGAGGAAUUGUGUGCACCUAUUGUGGAUGCUGGUCAAUUAACAGAAAAGUUAAUGAUGCUCAUUGUUCAUCCCGAUUCAACAGAAGCUACAGCUGGACAGUUGGCUUCUGUUAUCACUAACACUUUAACAGAAAUGAUGCAUCAUGCUGUUGCCCUUUCAACUCCCCUUGUAAAUGCAUUAUUGUCAUUGCAUGAAAAAUUAAAUAUUCCUCGAAAAGGUUGUAAAGAUAUAACUCUUGAAGGAACUACUCAAGAUCCUGUGCUUACUCGAAAUAUCUUUUUCAUGCAAACAAUUGCUCGUGCUCUUAUUCAAUUACUUAUGGACAAUACCAAACCGCAUGAAUCCCGUAAAGUUGCAGCUGUUUUAACUGGAUAUUUAUUUCAGUUCUCUUAUUUGAUGAAAAGUCCAUAUGAAUUAGCCGUGAAAUUAAUUAAAUCCAAUGAGAAAAAUUUAAGCCUUGCAAGGGAAUACAGGAAAAGUGCAGAAAUGGUUAUGAAAACGGCUGCUUUACUUGAGUUUGAAGAAGAAGAACAAAAACCAUGGAUAACAUUAAUGCAAUGUCUAGAUCAAAUGACAUCCCUAUGGAGACAAAAUAAUAAAUCGCGUGCAAAGAAAGAUCCAUAUCGUAAAGAAUAUGAACGACUUGUGGAAGAGUUUUUCCGAGAUGGUGGUCGUGUGGGGAGUAGUACUUCACUCAACACAAGUACACGCCCAACACCUAGACGAGUAGUAGCUAAAGUUACACCAGGGACUGGGACUGGUAGUGGUAGUGUGGGUAACAGUUCACCGGGAUUAACACAACCCUCAUCAAGUGUACCUCGUGUGAGUCUUCGUGGUGUUGGGGGAGAUUCCAGUGGAUUUUCACACGAUAUCUCCUUUGAUAGUGUUGCCUCACAUCCAACGAUGCCGGUUUCUUUUGUGUUUGAAUCUUCUACCCAAACAGCAUCAACAUCAGCAUCACGCUAUGAUAAUGGGAAUAAUUAUAUGCUUGGGGCAUCCCAAGAGCAACAACAACAACAACAACAACAGGUGCAAAUACAGGUUCAACCACGUAUUGGGAAUUCUCGUGCUUUUGUUUCGGAUAUAAAUACAUCAUUAGAUUCUAUGAAACCCCCACUUUCUGUGCGUACCGGUGGUGCUUCUAUGCCGUCUGUUUAUACACAUACGGAGCUUAUGGAACGUACAGUGUAUAUCACAAAAUUACCAUCUACACUACGAAGAGCUCAGUUCCGUCGACUUUUAUUACAUUUUGGGGAAUUCAAUAAAGUUCGCAUGUGUCGUGAUGAGAAUCAAAUUCAUGCAAAAACCGAUGUUCUUUCUUCUUUUGGAUUAACAGGAUUUUCUACAGGAGACUCUCCAGUUUCAUUGUGUUUCAGUUUUGUUGAAUUCGCUGAACAAAGUAGUGCCAAGGCGAUGGUGGAGUACUUUCGAAAUGCCUCUUCCAACCCGCAGCCGUUUGGUUUCCUUCUAGACACUACAUUAUCAUGGCCAAAGUGCAGUCAUUUCACACCGCAGCAUAUUCAACUCUUAUUACACGCUCGAACGAGUCCUGCACGAAAUCCAAUUCACGAUCAACUUCCCAUGGACGCCGUAUUGACAUGCACUCCUCAACACCCACGGCUUGUUCUGCGAAAUCGACCCUCUCUGUACGGUGUGGAAGACGGUGAGAAGUCUAUUGAUCCGAGUGAUGAUAUGAUUGUGUAUGCGCCUGGUGGAUCUGGCAGUUUAUCAAGUGCGAAAAUGAGUAAAUAUUUACCCUAUCCUGCUGUAAUUACUAUUUCUACUACUAAUGCUACUACUACUACUACUUCUAAUACAGUGGGAAAUGGAGAAGGAGAUGUGGAGCCGCAGCAUGUGGGUACUUCCUUCCCUGUGAGUAACCAGAGGGAUAGAUUGAAAAGUGAAACAAUAGAGGAUGAUGAUUUAGAUUUCCAUAAUAUAAUGAAUACUGUGGUGGCUUCUGUGGCUCGACACAAUUUUACGGAUAGUACGAGUGAAAUGUUAUCACACAAUGAUCAUUAUUUUAAUCCCAUGCAGGUGCCAUGGUUAAAGGAGGUGACCCCUACUGCACAUGAUGGGAAUCUUUGGACGACUAUGACCUUUUCAGUGGAUACCAAUACUACUACUACUGCUGCUGCUAAUAAUAAUAAUAAUAAUAAUAAUAAUAAUAAUAAUAAUAAUAAUAAUAAUAAUACUGAUGGUACAGCAUUAGAAUUAACAGGAGAAGAUUCUACUACUGUUUUUGGUCCAACCUUUGUUACCUCUUCUGCAGUGGAGUCAGAAAAGACAUGGUCUUCUUAUCUUCCUCCCUUUGGAAAUCCACUUAUUGAGGAUGAUAAGGAUAGUUCGAGCAGUGUGGAGAGUGGGAGUGGUCGUUACAAAAAUAUUAACGCAUGCUGGGAAUGA